AUGGGAAUUUUCAAGGAUGUGGACGGUAUUCUUAAGAAUACAGAUGUAAAUGAUUUAUUUGCUCCUCCUCAAGCUCCGGAAGGUGGAUAUACGAUUGAAUUUCUCUACAACAAAUUUCAUGAAAUGGGUCUUCGUUAUUAUGUCGACCUUCAUGCUCUUCACCAUGAUGUGGCUUUCCUCAAUGAUCAAUACCAACGUAAAAAUCAACAAGAAGAGGAAGAGGAAGAAGGUGAUGAUGAGAAAGAAGAGGAAAUGGAGGAAGAUGAAUGA